AUGCAGAUCUUCGUCAAGACCCUGACAGGCAAGACCAUCAUGGAGGUCGAGUCUUCGGACACCAUCGACAACGUGAAGGCCAAGAUCCAGGACAAGGAAGGCAUCCCGCCCGACCAGCAGCGCCUGAUCUUCGCCGGCAAGCAGCUCGAGGACGGCCGCACCCUCUCCGACUACAACAUCCAGAAGGAGUCCACCCUCCACCUGGUCCUCCGCCUGCGCGGUGGCAUGCAGAUCUUCGUCAAGACCCUGACAGGCAAGACUAUCACCCUGGAGGUCGAGUCUUCGGACACCAUCGACAACGUGAAGGCCAAGAUCCAGGACAAGGAAGGCAUCCCGCCCGACCAGCAGCGCCUGAUCUUCGCCGGCAAGCAGCUCGAGGACGGCCGCACCCUCUCCGACUACAACAUCCAGAAGGAGUCCACCCUCCACCUGGUCCUCCGCCUGCGCGGUGGCCUCUGA